GCUCUGCCCUCCAGCACGGCGCAACCUCUCCAUGCGCUCGUCCGGCGCCUGUGUUGACACCAGAGAGACGGGCUCGCUAAUCUGGAUCGCUCCUCUCCGUAGACAGAUCUGAGUCGGCUUCGCCUUUCUGGCGCGCCCAGAAGGACGGCACUCCGAAGAGAACGGCUGGCCGUGAUCCGAGCCUCGUGGUGGGGGCCGCAUACUCCCACGCAGACAUGCUCAAGUUCGAUAACCUGAAUCUCUCCGGCUCCUCGUCGCGACCAAGAACUCCUCCUUCCUCUUCUGCUCAUAGAAUCCGAACUGGCGACGUCCCCUCGCCAUCGCACAGGCCCUCGUCUGGCUUAUCGUCCCCCCCGUUGAAGUCCUAUUUCAACUUCCUGUCGAAUACCAACCAGGAUUGGAACGUGGAAGACCCCGAUGGGCAGGAGGGGGGCGACAUGUUUGGGUACGAUGAUGAUGAUGAUGGUGACGACUUUGGUCUUCCGAGCCUGUCCAAUAUGAAGCGAAGGUCUCGUCGCGUGGCGGCCGCACAAGGAAGUGCUGCGUCCCAUCCCCGGCCGGCGCCCAUCGAGACGGCGCUCGGCUUCCGGCACCGACGCAAUUCGGACAGCGCCGACAUAGCUAUUGAACGACCCACCCCAACCUACCCGAUGCCGAAGAAGAGCGAAGGGAAGAUACUUAGGCCCCAAUACAAGGACAUCCUCAAAGACCCCGCCAAUGCCUUGCAUCUCAUAGAUCACCCCCACCCGCCCGCCAACGCCACUCCGAAGGAGAUAGACGCGAUCAAUUCUCGCGUGUCAAAAAUCAACAAAUUCAAGAAAAUCCUCCAGACCACUACGAUUCCACUCACCGACCUCAGGGCUUUGGCGUGGAGUGGUGUCCCCGAAGAAGUCCGGGCCAUGACCUGGCAGCUCUUGUUAAGUUACCUACCAACCAGCAGUGAGAGGCGCGUCGCAACGCUGGAACGGAAGCGUAGGGAGUACCUCGACGGAGUUCGUCAAGCAUUCGAACGAGGAGGCGCAAGCACUUCGGCGAGCGGCCGCUCGAGAGGCCUCGACGAAGCCAUAUGGCAUCAGAUCAGCAUCGACGUCCCCAGAACCAACCCCCAUAUCGAGCUCUACGGCUACGAGGCAACCCAGCGCUCGCUGGAGCGGAUACUGUAUCUCUGGGCCAUCCGACAUCCAGCGAGCGGCUACGUGCAGGGAAUCAAUGAUUUGGUCACUCCUUUCUGGCAAGUAUUUCUAGGCACCUAUAUCACCGAUUGCAACAUUGAGAGCGGCAUGGACCCGGGACAGCUGCCGAGAGCAGUGCUUGAUGCGGUGGAGGCCGACUCGUUCUGGUGCUUGACCAAGUUGCUCGACGGGAUCCAGGACCAUUACAUCGUUGCCCAACCCGGCAUUCAACGGCAGGUUGCUGCGCUGCGGGAUCUGACCGCCCGGAUCGACGAAGGGCUGGCCAAGCAUCUCGAAAGUCAACACGUCGAAUUUAUCCAGUUCAGUUUCCGCUGGAUGAACUGCCUGCUCAUGAGGGAGAUCAGCGUCCGAAACACGAUUCGGAUGUGGGAUACUUAUCUAGUACGAUCGCUCUCUUUCUCUGUCUGUCCCUCAGCCCCCAGUCGGACGGCAACGCUAACCGAUUACGCCCAGGCGGAAGAGCAAGGUUUCUCGGAGUUUCAUUUGUACGUAUGCGCGGCCUUCCUCGUCAAGUGGUCGGUCAAGCUGGUAAAGAUGGAUUUCCAAGAAAUCAUGAUGUUCUUACAAGCGCUCCCCACCCGCGAUUGGACCGAGAAGGAUAUAGAACUCCUUCUCAGCGAAGCCUACCUCUGGCAAAGUCUAUUCAAAGACUCGUCCGCCCACCUAAGGGGCGGUCCUAGCCGGGCACCGGCGACUAAUCUGCAGCUCUAAGUAAGAUCGGACGUCGCGCCUUGCGCGGUGCUAUAUACCCACCCUCGCCACGGCACCGACGGGUGCUCACAUCGGAAGCUGUAUAGUAUUUAAAGCGAUAGAGAACCACAAUAUCAGCGGGAUUGGCACGGAGAUGACCCCGCCCGUGGCAGC